CAUCAACAUUGACUCCGUGUACACUGAGUGUAAGUUGUUUACAUGUACUUGCAAAUCCAGCUAAGAUUAAACUUAAAGCUGGAUAAAGUAUUGUGAUUAUAGAAUAACAUGAAUCUGACGGCUAGGGCGAGACUUGAGCGCUUCGGACGAUUUCAACCUGAUGAUCACUCUCCUCUGCGGUCACCUGGUAUGACAAAAAUGGGGGCAACAUUCAUGACACCAUUACCAAUAAUUGAACAUAAUGGACAUUUUGGUAGCAUGUUUUCACCCACCAACAAGGAAAUAACCCAAAAGGUAGCAAGAACCAUUCCUGAGGAUGAGGCACUGAUUAACAAGAAGCUACCCAAAGAACUUCUGCUCAGGAUUUUUUCCUAUCUUGAUGUUGUUUCCUUGUGUCGAUGUGCACAGGUAUCCAAGGCAUGGAAUGUAUUAGCUCUAGAUGGAAGUAAUUGGCAAAGAGUGGAUCUCUUUGAUUUCCAAACUGAUAUAGAGGGCCCUGUAGUUGAGAAUAUUUCCAGAAGGUGUGGCGGUUUUCUAAAAAAAUUGAGCUUAAGAGGUUGCCAAAGUGUAGGUGACGGUGCUCUAAAUGAAUGUUUUCAAUCCCUCCAAACUAGGGAAGGAUGCACACUUCUUGAGCAUAUCAACAUAUCCUGGUGUGAUCAGGUGUCAAAGUAUGGUAUUGAAGCCAUGGCAAGAGGGUGCCAAUGUUUGCGAGCUUUUAUAUGUAAAGGGUGUCAUUUAGUCACUGAUGAUGUUCUUGGUGCUUUAACAAGGUUUUGUAAUGGUCUUCAGGUUAUUAACAUCCACGGAUGUAUCAAUGUUGGUGAUGAUGGUAUUCAGUUCAUCAGUCAGAAUUGUCCCAAUCUUCAUUACUUAUGUGUAUCAAAUUGCUCUCGACUCACUGAUGCUUCCCUUAUAGCACUGGGCCAGGGUUGCCUCAAUCUCAGGACAUUAGAAGUUGCAGGAUGUUCACAAUUUACUGACAGUGGAUUCCAAGCUUUAGCAAAGAGUUGUAACAAGUUGGAGAAGAUGGAUUUGGAGGAAUGUGUGUUGAUAACAGAUAACACGCUGUGCCAUCUAGCAGUUGGUUGCCCUUCUCUAGAAACUCUUGUAAGUUUUAAGGUUCAGGUAAACUGUGUCAUAGUUUUAAAUGGUCUGCUUUGCUUCAACUUUUCCUGUAUAGCUGUUAAAGUAUCUCUUUUUAAAUAUUCUAAACGAACAUUUGCCCAAAAUUGUAAUAAUAUUGAAGAACUGAACCUGAAUGGAUGUAAAAAUCUCACAGAUAGGUAA